GUAUCAACAGUCGAAUCCCGAGAAAUCGAACAAGAACCGGAAGUUCAGCCUGUGGAUGAAAAUGUGAUGUUUUGUGUCUGAAGUUAUUUAGCUAACGUCAACUUCCAUGAUCUUUGCAGGAAGAUAACGUGGUUUCUGUCUGGAAGGAAGCGUGCGACCUUCUGGUGCAUCACCCCUGGUAUUAGUUUAUCCUCCGGGACGAAUCCGUCACUUUCUCUGAGAACCGGAACAAAGUGUCAGCAGCCAGGAUGGAUCCAGCGCUACUGAGGGAGAGGGAGCUGUUCAAAAAAAGAGCUCUGUCCACUCCAGCUGUAGAGAAGAGACAGACAUCAGACUCUCACAAGAAGAAGAAGUCCAAAGCAGACAAGGAGGGAUCGUCCAAACACGGCGCUGAGUCGAGUAAUGGCAACAUAAACAUCAAAACAAGCUCCGGGUACAAAUUUGGCUGCUUGGCCAAGAUAGUCAAUUACAUGAAGACAAGGCAUCAGAAUGGAGACACACACUGCUUGACCUUAGAAGAGAUUCUGGAUGAGACCAAGCUUCUGGACAUCAGCAUGAAGCAGAAACAUUGGCUUAUGACUGAGGCUUUGGUCAACAAUCCCAAAAUUGACGUGCGGGAUGGAACGUUUGGCUUCAAGCCCAAGUACAACCUGAAGGACAAGAAAGCCUUACUGAGGCUGCUGGACAAACACGACCAGCUGGGCCUGGGAGGAGUGCUGCUGGACGAUGUAGAGGAGGGGCUGCCCAACUCGGCCAAAGCCAUUAAGGUUUUGGGGGAUCAGAUCAUCUUUGUGACGAGGCCAGACAAGAAAAAGAUCCUCUUCUACAACGACAAACACUGUCAGUUUACAGUAGAUGAAGAAUUCCAGAAACUAUGGAGGAGUGUUCCAGUUGAUAACAUUGAUGAAGAGAAGAUCGAGGAGUACCUGAAGAAACAAGGCAUCUCCUCCAUGCAGGAGACCGGACCAAAAAAAGUGAUGCCAGUUAAGAGAAAGAAGCAAGGUGGGCAGAGGAAGAGACACUUCAAGACCCACAACAACCAUUUGGCCGGGGUUCUGGAGGAUUAUUCAGAAGGUGUUCCUGCAAAGAAGUGAAGUCCCUUCACUCAGAGGAGCAGCAGAGUCCCUUCAUCCAAUGGGGACUCUGGCCACAAUACAGUACAAACACCUUUGUUGGGUGUUAGGUCAAACAAACUGGCUUCUUUUCCUUCUCUGCACCCCUCUCAGUGAUCGUGUAUUACAUGAUGUGAAAAGCCCUGUGUUGUGGAAUCCUUUUCAGUUUGUUCAUUGAUCAGUGAUGACUGAAAGACACUGGAGGAAAAGUUAAAGAGUAUUGAGACCUUUGAGGACAGUGGAUGCUCUUAAGGGGGCGCAGUAACCUUACUGUUAAAAUGUAAAUGAGUUAAAGUGUGUAAAUACUUUUUUUUUCUUUAUUUUACUUAGAGUACUGCAGAAGGGCGUGUGUGUGUGUGUGGAGGUUUUAUGUGACAUGGCACCAGUCGUCUGACGGCUUCCUUUGAUCAGGAACUGCAGAUGUUUUGUUGUGCAGUGCAUCACACUGAUGUCUCUUAUCCAGCAAGAAACAUCUUGGACAUUACCUUCUGUGAAAUUAAAUAAAUAUUUAAAUUCUUUUAAUUUGCAGCACCUUGGCAUAGCAGUUUAAAAUAUGGAAUUUGUUUUGACAUUGUUUUAAUAAAUUACAUUGUUACAGGAUAA